UAACAUUAACAUGUGGAAUGUUUCGUAUUAGGCUACAGUGGAGAGUAUCAUGUUCGGCUUCAUAUGAGUGGACAGCAGCAUUUCUAAUGAUAUAUAUCAGGUAUGGUAACUGAUUCAUAUUGACAAAGGCGUUUGAACAAGAAUAUAUAUAUAUUUAAAAUGGCUGCGGAAGAGAGACCGGAACAAGAGGUGUCUGAAAAUGAAAAUUCGUGUUGUCCACGAGAGCUGAUGAAAAGAUUCUAUCUUCUGCAGGAGGAGAGAGUACAAACCUACCAGCUGUUCGAAGAAGGAUUCAAGGCUUACCUAAACGGAUCGCCAAACUACAACUUCAACUUGUACAGACAACUGGUACACGAAAUCACAGACACGUUCAACAAAAUAUCACAAGACAUCAUCUCAAUUAUACACCAACUUGAUACUGUUCACAAACGAGUCCCCCUUGCUAACCUGCUCCGCAAGGUACAGGAUGCUGAGCAGGUCAAACUGGAGAAUACGGCCAAGCUACAGAUGACGCGUCAGAACCUGGUAGAUCAUCCCACAGAGGAACAGCACAGAAUCCAGGACGCUCAGCUUAAACAAAGUGUAAAAGACUUGGUGGAGAAACUGGUAGAUUUAAUGGAGGAAGUCAAGUACGAAUCGGAAGACUUGUAUGACGAUGAGAAUGGCGAUAAGAAUGUGGAGGAGGAUAUAGACAAUGUACAGGUCGAGAGAUGAUUUCACCAUUACACAUUGAUUAUUUAUUGGUUAAUGAAUUUUCAUUUAAGUUCCAUUCUCUCGAUUUUUGUAUUUAGCUAUGUAGGGUUCUAUAUUUGAUAUUUGUCCCAUCGUUACACCAACGCCUCCACAUGUCCUUUCUACUCUGUAUCCCAUCGUCAGAAUACAAACACCCACAGCAACGUCGCCAUCUACAUGUAUAUGCAGUAUAUGUAUACUUACCGGCAACAAAUAUUCUCAUCAACAAAUAUCUACGGUCAUCGUUGUAAUUUAACCUAAAUCCUUUGUAAUGACCUUUAACCUUAUACCUGAUUAUGUUUAUCACUAUGGUGUGCGUAUUGAUACUGUAAUGAAUAACGAAAUGAUUCCCGUAUCUCACACCCGGCAUGGAUGGCGAUAACUAUGCUCAAUAUAAAGUGAAAUGUGAACUUUUACUUUUGUUAGACAACACUGGAGAGAGUAUUGAGGUUUGAUUUCAACAACCAAACACUGGAAAUGUGCAUUUGGUGUAUUAUGUUUAAAUAUUUGUUUUGUGGCUAUGGCGAGAAAAGAAGAUAGACGUUUUCAUGUCAGCAUAC